CAGAUCAACCUAGGAUCCGCAUCUUCGUUCGCCGUUCUCAGCUUAUCAACUAUAACAAACACUGGUCCCUCGACCAUCAAUGGCAAUAUAGGAACAGGUGGAACAUCCAUAACCGGCUUUCCACCCGGUAUCGUCAACGGAAACACAUACAUAUACACCCAAGCAACAACUCCUCUCAACGAUGCCACAGCAGCAUACAAUACCAUGAACUCAUACACCGGCGUUGACCUCACAAACCAAGAUCUCGGCGGCCAACUUCUAGAACCAGGAACUUAUUCCUUCACCAGCUCUGCACAGCUUACUGGUAUCUUAACUCUGUCAGGUACUUCGAAUUCAAACACGUCCUGGUAUUUCAAGAUCGGAACAGCAUUAACGACCGCGGCUGGCUCGUCAGUGUUGUUGGAAGGUACGGCACAAGCCUGUAAUGUUUAUUGGCAAGUGGGAAGUUCGGCGACGUUGGGUGCGGCAACGCAGUUCGUGGGCACUGUUCUUGCGGAAGCGUCGAUUACGAUGGUCACGGGAGCGAGUUGUGAGGGUGGGCUGUUUGCGUUGGGGGGAGCGGUUACAUUG